AUGAACAACUCCGCCGAAGCGAAAAAAGCCUUCAAACACUGCUGUAAUGGAUCUGAAGAAGCAUUUAUGGCCCUUGUUCCAGGCAGUGUAAAUAUAAAUUUCCAAAUUCCAACAAGUGAAUUCAAUCGUCUGUUUCUUGAAAACCCAUCUUUCCUUCACUGUGCUGCAGCUCACGGAAAAGAAAAAAUGGCAUCUCUUUUAAUCAAUUUAGGCAUUAAUUUAGAUUUAAGAGAUGGAAAAGGUCGAACUGCAGCAGCAUUGGCAUGCUAUUUCGAUAAUCCUCGCACUCUAGAAGUAAUUUUACAAGCAGGAGCAGAUCCAUUUAUCAAUGAUUACAAUGGUUAUGCACCAAUUCACUGGGCAGUCUGGAAAAACAGUAUUGACUGCAUUAAAUUACUAUUAAAUUACGGAGCAGAUCCAUGUGUCCACAAUUUUGCACUUAGAGAACCUAUACACAUUGCAGCUCGUCAAGGUUUUGUUCCAUUAAUUGAAUUUUUACUUUCUAAAGGAGCAAAUAUUAACGCAAGAACAAUUGAUGGCAGGACACCUCUUUACGAAGCGACGUGUGCAACAGAUGAAGCAACAAAAACUACAGGAAGAAUAGAAACAGUUGAAUAUCUUUUAUUACAUGGAGCUGAUGCUUCAAUUCCUGAUUUAAUUGGCAGAUCUCCAUUACAUUGGGCUGCUUUUUAUGGCCAUCUUAAAGUUGUGCAACUUUUAAUUGAACAUAAUGCAGAAGUUACAAAAGCUGAUGAUGAAGGCGUUUGCCCAAUACAUUUAGCAUGCUUGUCAUGCGUUCUUGACUUAGUUGGAGCUCUUACAAAUGCUGGAGCUGACCUGAAUUGCAGUGAUAAGCAUAUGAGAGUUCCAUUACACUACGCUGGUAAAGCAGGAUCGCUUCCUGUAGUUAAAUAUCUUCUUGCACGUCAUGUUAAAACUGGAAUUGCAGAUGAUAAUGGAGAUCUUCCAAUUAUGGUUGUUGAUCCACAAAAUACAGAAAUUAUUGAAGAAAUUCAAAGACAUUCUGAUCAGUCAAAGCAGUUUAUGGCAAAAAUUCAACCAAAUAAAGCAGCAAAUAACACUUCAUUCAGAAAUUAA